CAACCGCGCCGGUGUCCGGCGUGUUCUCUCUGUACCAUGGCGGAAGUGGGCCGGGCGCGGGUGUGCGACCCGGGCGAGCUUCUCCCUGAGGGUUUCUGGGCGGCCGUGGCAGUGUGGCUGGAGAGGCCUCAGGUGGCCAAUAAGCGGUUGUGCGGCGCCCGCCUGGAGGCCCGCCGGAGAGCCACCUUGCCCCGAGCCGAGCCCCGCCAUCUUAGGCGCGACGCGGUCCCGGAUCAGGACUGGGGCGCGGCCUUAUCCGGACCCCAGGACGGCCCGGCCCCCGGCCAGGAAUACCCCGAGGGAGACCACGGCCCCAGACCGAGCGCGGGCCCCGAGCAGGAGCUAGGCGCGGCCUUAUGCGGACCCCAGGAAGGAACGGGACCUGGCCAGGCUUCUGUCGAGGGGCAUCCUGGUCCCGGGCCGGGAUUAGGACCCGAGGGGGGCACAGCUUGUCGAAGACAUGAAGACACCCAACGCCAACAAGGGAAUGGGCAGAGGAAAGCAGCCGCAGCGCCUCUGCUUGCCGAGCGUCCGGGGCCGCCCUGUAGGGCUGGAGGCGGGGAGGAAAAUGACCCCGCAGCAGAACUGGAUUCGCUGUGGGACCGUUUUUCCCAAAGUCUCGUCUCCGGCUCUACGGAGAUGUUGUCAUUCCUCACGAGCUCCGGAGCAGGAUCGCAGUCAGAGGCACCGCAUGAACUCGACCUGGUCCUAAGAACUGUCAUCCCGAAAAAGAGUCCACAUUGCCUGGUUACAGCUCCGAGGAGAGAAAUAGUCGUGCAGGAUGUCCCCAGUGGAACCGUAACUUUCUUACCUCUGGAAGAAGACGAUGAGGGGAAUUUGGAGGUUAAGAUGAGCCUUGUGUAUCAAAUUCAGCUCCGACCCAGCCAAGCAGAAUGGUUCAUAUCUGUUUUGAUUUUCUGUCCAGAGAAGUGGCACUCGGAUGGUGUGGUCCACCCCAGGCCUGCCUGGCUGGGCGGGGAGCUGCUGGGCAGGCUGGCCCGGUGGUGUGUGGCCAGCAGGAAGAGCGAGUUCCCGAGCACCCUCUCCCUCGUCUCCAUCGAGAGGUACAGCGUGCUGUACCAGGAGCUCAAGGAGAAGUACAGAGACAUGGUGAAGGUGUGGCCAGAGGUAACUGACCCUGAAAAGUUCGUAUAUGAAGACGUGGCCAUUGCUACCUACCUGCUGAUCCUGUGGGAAGAGGAGCGAGAAGAGAGGGGUGUGUGCGCCAGGCAGUCCUUUGUGGAUUUGGGGUGCGGGAACGGCCUCCUGGUCCAUAUCCUGUGCAGCGAAGGGCACCCAGGCAGAGGUAUCGAUGUCCGAAGAAGAAAAAUCUGGGACAUGUACGGGCCCCACACUCAGCUAGAGGAAGACGCGAUCGCUCCAAGUGACCGGACCCUCUUCCCUGAUGUGGAUUGGCUGAUCGGUAACCAUUCCGAUGAGCUCACACCCUGGAUCCCGGUGCUGGCAGCCAGGUCUUCCUACCGCUGCCGGUUCUUUGUGCUGCCCUGCUGUUUCUUCGAUUUCGUGGGCCGCUACCACCGCAGGCAGAGCAGGAAGACACAGUACCGCGAGUACCUGGACUUCGUCCGAGAGGUGGGCCAGGCCUGUGGCUUCCUCGUGCAGGAGGACUGCCUCCGGAUCCCCUCGACCAAGCGGGUCUGCCUCAUCGGGAAGGCCAGACUGUACCCGCCUGCCUCGGAAGCCAGUGUGGACCAGCGCAGGAUUCAGUACAUUCACAGCAGGAGGGGCCUGUCCGGCGGGGAGCCCCCCUGUCCAGCACUUCAAGCUGCUGCCUGUGAUGCUGCUCACCCAGAUCGUGACAGAGCCCUGGGCACCGGGGCUCAGGAUGACCUCGGGGACCUAGUUCCUGAGCAUGGGCCCGAGGCCCAGGCCGGGGGAUCCUGGGUGCCAGGAUUCCACCCUCGAGAGAAGGUGGAACGUGUGCGGAACUGUGCUGCCCUCCCUCGAGACUUUACUGAGCGCGUGGUGCUGCAGGUGGCGAGCUUACUGUUAGGUGGAGAGAAGCCAAAGCCAGGAAGCCCUCGGGAGGGGACCCAGAAGGCCUGGAAUGGAGGAGGGAGCCUGGCCUUGGCAGAAGUGGCCCAGCAGCUGGACAGCGCAACCCUGCAUAGGCUGAAGCGGGAGUGCGGAGGCCUCCAGACGCUGCUGCGCAACAGCCACCAGGUGUUCGAAGUUCUGGACGGCAGAGUCCGCAUCCGCGACUGGCGGCAGGAGCUGCAGAGGAAGAAGCACUCAGCGGCCAUGCAGGGGCCCAGCUCGGAGGCCUUCAAGACCCGUGCCUGCUGGUUCUUCAUGCACCAUCCUGAUGGCUGUGUGCUACCCUCCGCCAGCUGCCCGUUUGCCCAUGGGCCCCAGGAACUGCGGCCACCCCGGCCCCUCAAGAAGAGGCAGGCACCCUGAGCCUCCACAGAACCAAGGCCUGCAGGAGCCAGAGGCGUGGGCGCCUAGGGCUGGGCAGCGUGGGCUCAGCCUGCUUCCCAAGAUGCUAGAACAGAUCGCAGGACCCUGCUGCCUCCAGCCCCCUCAGCCUCGCCAGGAAUGCGGGGCUCUGUGCUGCUGUUGUCCCCGAGUCCCAGAGAGCAGGACAGAGCUGCAGCUCCCCAUGGGGCUGCUUGUGGCACAGAGUUGAGUUUCUGGCCCUGCCUCCUGCCCGCUGACCAUGGCCAGAGGUGUGACAGGUCUAUUGGCUCCUUCCAGAGGGGAGCACCGUGCAUUUCCAUUUAAAAUCAUUUCUGCAGUUA